UAUUAAUUGAUUUCCACAGCAAAGCAACAAAUUGUUUAUUUUUAUGACCAGAAUCGACUGUAAAAUGCUUUUCAGAUGAAAUUCGGUCUUUUGUUAAUGUACAUUCAACGAUUAUUCCAUAAACUAAUGCAAGUGACUCGGUGUUAGGUUAUAUCUCUCGCGAUGUGGUUUCACUGAUAAAUUGAAUUAAAGUUAUUAUAACAAGUAACAUUCGCUAAACUUAGGGUUCUGUGAUCGAAAAUUCUUACGAGAAAAAUUGCUUUUUACCUGAAAGUUGUUAACGAGAAACUGUAACGCUCCGAAGCCAUGACAAUUACUUUUGGAACAAUACAGCUUAGUAAAUACUGUUAACGUCCUACCAACCGAAGCUCCGGUGGCGCCUAGGGAUUUUUUUUACAUAGAUCUGCAGUAUCUACAGUCGUAUGGUAAGUUUUAUCGUUCGGGCUUGAGUAAUAGGUGAUAUUUAAUCGCAGAUAAGAUAUCUAAACCAAUUAUCUGCCGCGCCUUCUUAUUACAAACCGUGACAUGUCUACAACAUAAAUUCUUUAUCAUUCAGUUAUCAUAUUCUGUCGUACCGACUGCAAUUGACCUGACGAGUUUCGACGUAGUUCAAACAUUCUCCGCUUUUAAAUACAGAGGGCGCGAUAAGUCAGAUUUUCGGGGAGCGUGGCAUUUAUCCCUAUAUGUAGAUAAAGUAGCUUCCACAACCCGUUUAUCCCUAUAUGGGGAUAAUGAAGCUUGUACACAACCGUUCAUCGGGCUACAAAUGAAAAAAGAAUAUCGACAGACUGGAAGACGCUUUUCUGACAAGUUCUGUCGCACGAAUAAAUCGUCCCGCGAAUUCGUGCGACAUCGCGGUCAAAAAUAUGUUGAAUGCGAACCUCGAUUAAGGGCUUGAUAUAUUCGAUAGUAGAAGCCACCGAAAGGGGUAGCAUGGCGACCGACGGGGAUGAGAAAAUCACGGAGGAGCAGAAGGAACAGUUGCACACGUGGAUCGCCGCGAUUCCAUUCUCGAAACCGAGCAGAAAUUUCGUGAGAGACUUUGCAGACGCCGUGUUGAUGGCGGAGCUCCUCAAGGUGUACUACCCCCGUUACGUCGACCUCCACAACUACGUGCCGGCGAACAAUUUCACCACCAAAAAAGAGAACUGGAACAUACUGAACCGAAAAGUCCUCAGCAAGAUUGACAUGAAACUGUCGAAGGACACGAUCAACCAAUUAGCGAACUAUCAUCCGGGGGUGAUCGAACACUUGCUGCUGGAGCUUCGGACCAGAUUGCUGAGGGAUCCCGAGCACCAGGACAGUUUGCGCCGCAUCAGUGAAAAGGAACCGAUCGUCGAAAGUAAAAACGACGCUGACGCCGAGAAAGAGAGAUCGAUCUUCUGUUCGAAUGACCCCGAUCAAUCAACGCCGGAAGGAUCGUUGCUGAAGCGCAUUAAAACGCGGCUCAUCUUUAUUUUCCACUGGCUGUGUCUCUGGCUUCGCAUCUGGCAGCACUUGCCGGUCAUAUGGCACCGAGGUUCACGUAAGUUGUGCGCGUUUUCGCGAGCGCGUUAUCGCGUCGAACCGAACUUGGAAACGGCUCGUUUCUCCUUCCCGGCGCGAAGAAGGCGCCGCCUUGUCCAGGAGGCAGGACACGUCGCAGAACACCAAUUCGGAGGACGUCGUCUCCCUUCAAGUGUGCACGGAACUGCGGCAGAAGCUCCGCGCGAAGGACGACCUUAUCUCCAGCUUGAACUGCAAGGUCGCGUACCUCGAGAACGCGAUGAGGGCGCAGGACCUGAGGAUAUCGAGCCUGGCCUCGCGGAUUUUGCAAAACGCCGUCGACUCGGAGCAACUGGCGAGGAACCAGACGAACGCCGCGAUGGCCAAGCUUCGUCCUCGCUCGGCGACCGUUCGCGAGAAAGUGAAGGUGGAGGAAUAAUGUGUAUCACAGACGGGGCCAAUAAACGUCGGAUCAAUUAUCAUUGCGUUCGAUCUCUCUCUGCGAGGGUCAAGCGUUCCAAGGUCCACAGAAAUUCGAAAGCUUCGCGCGACGUCUAAACUUUCUCGGGAAGAUCGUAGACUCGUAAUGUUCGGAGACCAUGACUGUUACAGUAAAUUCUUCCUAAUCGACGA